AUGGCGGCGCAGCUUGGAAUGCUGCUGGGGCGAGGUCGAACAGGGAUCGGCGAGCUCUACAACAUCGAAUGCUGGACCAGUGGUGAGAAGAUCAAGUCAUCCAACGACCACCUCCCGCACCUACGAGAAGAUCCCAAAGCAGCCAAGUCGGGCACCGUGGAGGAGAUCGGGAAACGACACUGCAUUCAGCAACGGGUGAGCAGGAUUUCUUGCGUCUUUCUCAAGGUUAAUUGGCAUGGCAGUUGGUGUGUAGAGCUCAUGGUGAGGACACGCGGGGGCGCAGAGACAAUGGAGUCUAAUGGAGUUGAGGGUGCGACUGUGGCGGAAAUGGAUCGGAAUCAGGAGUUAUCAAAUGACGGUAUUCUAAAUUCCGAUAACUCAAAUGAAGUGAGAGCACCCAAUCAGAGCCAGGAAUUGUCGCAGCAGGUAUCUCAGCCUUUGCAAAUUCCAAAUGAUACAAGAAUGCUCGAGCUCGAGGUUCAAAAGCUUCAACUUCAGAUUGAGUACGAAAGGCUGUUGCAGACAAGGACGAGUGCUGAACGUCUCAAUGGUUCGUUGCCGAGCACUGGGUCUGAGCGGGGCGAUCAGAGGCGGAUGGGUUUCGAUUCCAUCGAGCAAUGCGCAAAAGUGCUGAAAGGGUUCCGCCUGCCGUGUGACGCGGAUGUACCAUUAUGGUUUGAGGAAGUAGAAAAACUUUUUGCUACGUACAGGGUACCGUAUGAGAGUCGCGUGCAUCUGGUCAUGCCAGCGCUAACUGAACGCGUCCGCUACCUACUGCGUAACCUCAACCAGGAAGAGAGUACAGAUUACGAGUCAGUUAAAGAGGCAGUGUUGAUGGAACUGAAGCUUUCUCCGGCAGAGUAUCUGCAGAGGUUUGAGAGAGCAGUGAAGCGUAAGGAGGAGACGUGGUCACAGUUCGCGUCGCGAGUGAAAAUGUAUUUCUCUUACUACCUCCAAGUGAGAGGGGCCGACACUGUAGAGGUGCUGGCAGAACUCAUGAUAGCAAAUCGUAUAAAAUCGGGCCUUGGUAUAGAGGGUCUCGAGUACGUGAGGCUACGAGAAGGCGAGGGAUGGCUUAAGCCACCUGAGAUCGCCAAAGUGCUACAAACUUUUGAACUGGCGAAAGGCAAGGGGUACGCUUCAAAGCCGUCAGCGGCAGACAUGGGGCAAGAGCCGCCCCGAGUAGAGAAAGGCGUCCUCACAUGUCACUUGUGUCACGGCUCGGGCCAUUUCGCUAAGGAUUGCCCGAAAUCUAGCGAUAAGAUAAAUCAAUCAAAGAGGGCUUUUGAGCCAAAGCCGAGGGGAAGUGAGAUUCCUGAUCGAAUCCUUACUGCAAAUAUAAAAGCCGUGAGACGCAACUGUGAAGGGAUGACUAAAGUACAGUUAAUUCCUAUCUCAUGCGGAGAUGUAUCCACAGUUGCGAUUAUGGAUACAGGGAGUGAAAUAACUGUUAUACGGGAGAAUCUGCUUCCGAAAAGUCUCGUGGAGCCGUCAGGCACGGUAAGAUUGGUGUCUGCUUUUGGGGAAAUUAUCCAGGCAAAACUGGCUACGUUGCCGGUAAGGUUAAAUAGCCCGAAUAUGGCUGAGGAACCUCAGAACGUCGACCUACUCUGUGCGUUGACUAAUGAGCUCGUCGAGGGCACGGAUUGUUUGUUGACCCAUGAAGAUUUGGAACUUUUGAUGAAGGCCAACAGCUCUGUGCCAUCCCGUGGAGCACCGGCCGAGCCUGUCCAUGUGUUAGAACAAUCAAAUGAGUCGGUAAGCCGGAGAGAGGAGUUCCGUAGAGUGCAGCUAGCUAACUCUACCCUAGAAAAGGCUGAGCUGAAAGCCAGUCCGGAAAAGUGUCAAGUUGCACAAGCCCACAUUCAUCGCCUCGGGCAUAUUGUCGGCUCAGGGACGCACGCACCAGAUCUAGAAAAAAUAGCUGCAAUUAAGAAUCCGGUUUCACCGUGCACCAAAAGGAAACUACGCAGCCUGCUAGGACUGUGCGGCCACUAUCGCGAGCACGGCCGAGGAUGUGCAGAGGUGGAGAACCGGCUCACGCGGUUAGCAGAGAAAGCGGUACCCAAUCAGAUACGUUGCUCGGAGGAAGCUCAGACGGCAUUUGAGGUUCCGAAACUUUCCCUCUGCGAGUCCGUGGCACUCAGCACUCCGGAUCCAUUUGGGCCUUUACUGGCUUUUCACAGACGUAUCAGCUACGGCUCAUGGAAGCCAUCGUAA